UGCUAGCCCGCAGCUCGUCGAAGGUGGGUCCGCUCAUACAAACCGCACUGGUUACACGCGGUCUUGCCCCAGUUUAGCGUCGACCAGUGCCAGAGAGGCCGCCCAGUCGCGUGACAGUCGGUACGCUGUUGGCGAAGAUACCGUCGGUGAAGGAGCGAAGGCGGGGAGCGGGGGGCUCGUGAAGGACACGGGCCGCAUAGUGAACAUGCAUGCGAGAAAUGAACAACAACUUGGGGCGCAUGGGCUGCUUACUGAACGGGAUAGCAUGUUUAUAGCAUCGCAGAGGAGCCGAGGCACCAUAGACAGAGAAGCAGGUGAACUACAUAGAGCUUAUUCGCAACAAACAAACAGGCGAGAUUCACAGAUGUGGGAGGUAGGACCGGCCCGCAAAGUUGAUUGCUAGCUGCAUAAGAGGUCGGGAAGCAGAAGGCACGGAAAAGCGCAGACCGUCUAUCCAGGCUUCGGCUACAGAGAGAAAAGCGUUCGCGAUUCGGUGACGCACGAUUUUGAGCGUAGAGCUAGGCAUCCCGCGGAAUUGGGCGACCAGGACAAGUCCCCAGAGCCGAGUCGUGGCUGUCGCUCAUCACCCCCGGGACACAUGAAAGAUCCCAAGGCGAUACGGGCCAAGGUCAGAAUUUGAUUUCAGCAGAGAUUGAGGUCUGUUUGCGAUGUGUCGACGAAGUACUGAGCGCUCAGAAAUGAGGACGACUCCGGGCGUCGGGCAGAUGGACAAACAGUCUGGCGGCCGUGUCGGUCACCUGCCA